CACUUCCGACUGCCACCACUCUGAGAUCGGACCUAUCUGCGACCUGAGCGAGAAUCUUACGCGCAAAGUUCCACUUUACGCACGUAUUUAAUCAAUUUUCGCCAUUUUACGCAAGAAUUACCUCUCCUAACGCGUCGAUUCUGGACUUUACGCAGCUUUUAAGGACUCAACACAAAGCCUGGAAGGAUAACUGCUCCUACUUGUGUUGCUCUGCUGUCUUAAGUGUGUGUGAGGCGACAGAUUUAACCGGGACAUCUAUCCACCAGAAGUCAGUUCAUACCGGAGCGUCUUUUUAUGACACAAACUCAUCCAAAAGCGCAGAAAGGAAACAAAUCAUUCUUAAACCUUGAAUGGACACCGAGAUGCAGCGUUUGGCCACAAAGUUAAACCCAACACUGCUUCAAUGAGCCACUCACAGGUCGGACGAAAUCAUGUUGGAGCUGCUCGGAGCUGUGCGUAAAAGCAGCCGCUCACCGGACAGGAAGUGAACUAAUUAUUAUUAAACCCCAUCCCUCAUUUCCAUAUCUAGCGUGAGUUGGCUGGACCGCAGCCAAUCACCCAGCGAAGGGCAGCAAGAGUCGUAAAAGCAUUAUCCUUCCUCCAUCACAAUUACACUGACAUGCGCAAUCUGCACACGGGCAUCAACAGCAGCCGCCGCUCGCUUAUUUCACCGACCCCGCUCCCUCUGAAGGGUCCCAGUCGCUGCUUGUAGAUGAGUCGGCGGAAGGCAGCAGCAGGACGCAGAGAAAGCUCAACAUGUCCCGCCGCAAGCAAGCCAAGCCGCAGCACCUCCAGUCCGAGGAAGAGGCGACACAGAGCGGACUCCUCUGCAGAAACGGAACGAUGGAGGGCAUGGAGAGAGAGGAGACCAGUGGCAGCAGUGAGGAGACGCACAUCUGUGACAAAUGCUGUGCUGAGUUCUUCUCUUGGACUGAACUGAGUGAACAUCAGAAAGUCUGCACUGAGGACCCGCUGGUGCUGAUAGUGAAGGACAGCGACCGGAUGCCAGUUUGUGAGGAAUCUCCUGUCGGACCUUCUCCGGUUCCCAGCGUGGCGUCCAGCGACUCGUCUGCAGCCGAGUCCACAGAUGCCGGCUUUGAGCUCGGGGAGACGCUGAACGACAACGACAGUGUGGAUAAUUUAGAGGAAGGCGUGGAGUGUGAUGAAGCCAUGGAGCUGGAGCAUCGGCCACAGGACAAAUACACCACAACCUCCAGCCCUCAGCCUCCACAUUCAGCUGAGGCCACUUCCCCCCAGAUGUCAGCUGCUGGCAGCUACGGCGUGCCGAGCACAAACGUGACGCUGGAGAUCCUUCACAGCACCAGGGUGGCUGUGGCUCAGUUCUCCCAGGGGAUCAGCAGCGUGGCUACAGGAGGGAAGGCAGCGUCAGCAGCCAUCCCGGUCAUCCUGGAGCACCUGCUGGCUCUGCAGCAACAACAGGUCCACCAGCUGCAGCUCAUUGAGCAGAUCUGCAGCCAGGUAGCCAUCAUGAACAGACAGCCAACACAGGCAGCUUUAAACCCAGUCUCCAGAUCUCUGUCUCUGGCACCCAACCCUUUCCCUUCUCAAGGCGUCAUCCCUCCGCCCAUCCUGCCUCUGUCAGGAACGAUGCCCUCAACAAUCAACGGCCAGGCUGCUGUUUCUCUGUCCUCUGUGCUCGAGAAGCCACACAGUGUCCCGUCACAAACUGUAUGCGGGCAGUCCACCUGUAGAGAUGUAACGUGUACCUCAGCUUCCUCAGAAAAUUCAACCCCACCUUUCUCCAGCAGCAGCAGCAGCAUGUCCACAUUACUGCCUCCUUACACACACACCAGCAGCAUUAGCUGCUCUCAGACACUGAGCUCCUCCAGCCCGCUCCCCCUGGGGCAGAGCAGCCUCCUCAGCUCAUCCUCCAGUCUGCCAUUUCUACCUCAGAGCCCCCCCAGCACCGUCAUCUUCCCCAAUCCCUUGGCUAGCAUCGCCGCCACAGCUAAUGCACUUGACCCUCUCGCUGCCCUGAUGAAACACAGGAAAGGGAAGCUGCCUAACGUGCCCUUGUUCGAGACGAAGCCCAGCCCAGAGGAGCCCUUCUUCAAGCAUAAAUGCAGGUUCUGUGCCAAAGUGUUUGGCAGUGACAGCGCUCUGCAGAUCCACCUGCGCUCCCAUACAGGAGAGCGGCCCUUCAAAUGCAACAUCUGCGGCAACCGCUUUUCCACGAAGGGGAACUUAAAGGUGCACUUCCAGAGGCAUAAAGAGAAGUAUCCUCAUGUUCAAAUGAACCCCUACCCUGUGCCAGAAUAUCUAGACAAUGUGCCAACGACUUCUGGGAUUCCCUAUGGAAUGUCCAUCCCUCCAGAGAAACCCGUCUCCUCAUGGCUGGACAGCAAACCUGUUGUAGCAACUCUGCCAGGCACUAUGGGUCUUCCGCUUUCCUCCACUAUUACCAGUAUCGGAGGUUCAAAUGACCCUGUAAGUGUAACAGCAUCCGUUAAAUCUCCCUACCAGCCAGCUCCUGGUGAAUGUGUAUCUUUGUCACCUAACCACAGAGGCAGUGAGGCUCAUUUCUCUCCUGUUUCAGAGUCUCCACAGUCGAACCGUGAGACAGAAGCGUCCAAUAUACUGAAAACAGAGGGGGUCCACCUGCCCCAAAACUGCUCCCUUAGACUGAGAGCCAACCCGGUAACAGAAGCAGCCAGCACUACGGUCCCGUCUGUGGCCACCACGCCUGAACCCGUCACCUCCCCUGUCUCAGACUCUCCGCCUCUCUCAGACGAAACUAAAUUCCCAUCCGGCGGCCUCCUGGACUCUAUGCAAACAUCUGAAACCUCAAAGCUUCAGCAGCUGGUGGAGAACAUCGACAAGAAGAUCACAGACCCCAACCAGUGCGUGCUCUGUCACCGCGUCCUCAGCUGUCAGAGCGCGCUGAAGAUGCACUACCGCAUUCACACCGGGGAGAGGCCCUUCAAGUGUAAAGUGUGCGGCAGGGCGUUCACCACCAAAGGCAACCUGAAGACUCACAUUGGCGUCCACAGAGAAAACCCUCCCGUUCAGGUGCAACACUCGUGCCCCAUUUGCCAGAAGAAGUUCACCAAUGCUGUCGUCCUGCAGCAGCACAUCCGUAUGCACAUGGUGGGACAGAUCCCAGACUCCACGCUGGUGGACGGGCUGCAGGACAUGGACAGCGAUGUCUCCUUCAGCGAGAGGAACUUCGACAGCCUCAGCAGCAACGACAAUGACUUCAAUGACGAUAUUUCAAUGGAUGACAAUGAGGAAGAGGAAGAGGAGAUAGAAAACAUGGAGGAGGUUGUAAAUCAAUCCAAACCGUUUAUUUCUGAAUGUUAUUCUCCUCCUAAGUCCUCCACCAUUGUUUCGAGCAUAGCUGCACUGGAGAACCAAAUGAGGAUGAUUGACUCGACUAUAAACCUUAACCACUCUUUUGGUAUAAAACCCCUAACAAAUGGGUUCAACGACAGCAGCCAGCUCAACUUUAAAUGCUCUUUAUCGGAGAAAAGGGCGGAGAGUUGCGGCCUAAACAGCCCAAAUGUGUCCGAAUCCUCUGGUUCACCUCGAGUAUCAGUGUCUCCGAUUCAAAGCAACUCAGAAGGCGUGACGAUCAAAUCACCUGCAGUGAACAACAACAGGCCAGAAUCCCAGGAGCCUUUGGCAGCCUCAGUGAAGAGAGAGCAAUCUGAGUCUCCUACCUCGGCAUCAGCAGCAGGAAUACAGGCCAGCAAGCUGUGUGUGAAAGAGGAGACUGCUUAUAGUAUGUCAUUCCAGCUGAGCAGAGAAAGAGCUGCAGGUCAGAGCAUCCCCAGCCUGGUCCCCAACGCACCGACAGGCCUGAUAAAAACCGAGAUGAACGGUCACAGUCAACCAAACAACAACAGCAACAACCCCUCCGAAGGGCAGCACCCGCCGUUCAGCGUCCACAUCCCCCCGGCUUACGCGUCCAUCGGCAGCCCGGGAAUGACCUCGCUGCUCGGCCCCGCUCCUCCCCGCCGAACGCCGAAGCAGCACAACUGCAACGUCUGUGGGAAGAACUUCUCGUCAGCCAGCGCCCUGCAGAUCCACGAGCGCACGCACACCGGGGAGAAACCGUUCGUCUGCUCCAUCUGCGGCAGAGCUUUCACCACGAAAGGCAACCUGAAGGUUCAUAUGGGAACCCACAUGUGGAACAACGCUCCAGCCAGGAGAGGCCGGCGGCUGUCGGUGGAGAACCCCAUGGCACUGCUGAGUGGAGAGGCGGCGAAGUUUGGCGAGAUGUUUCAGAAGGACCUGGCAGCUCGAGCGAUGAAUGUAGACCCUGGAUUUUGGAACCGCUACGCGACAGCUAUCGCCAACAGCCUGGCCACGAAGAACAACGAGAUCUCAGUGAUCCAGAACAGAGGCAUCUCUCAGCUGCAUCCUCUGACUGCAGGCAUGGACAGAGUGAGCGCUGCAGGAAGCCCCAUCAGCAGUCUCACCAAGACGGGCAUGGACCUGGGAAAUAAUAGGCAUUUUUCUAUGCUGAUUGAUGACAGCAAAGAAAUUGGAAUCAAUUGAAAAAAAAAAAAAGAUGAAUGGAGACUUAAUUCUUAUGCAAUCUAUUAUGGACAUUAAAAUAUUUGUAAAACAUCUUGUUUGUUCUUAUGUAUUAUAUAUAGACCUAAAAAAAGAACUUUUUAUCGAUUGACAGAAUUGUAGGGUAUUCACAUUUUGCUAUUUUUCUUUGCUUUCAUUUGUGAAUGUUUGUUUUCUAUACAUUAAAUAAGUUGUUUAACUUGACCUGAGGAUUCCUUUGGUGCUCUGAAGAAGGGAACAUAUGUUCAAAUCAAUAAUGCAAAGAGUCUGUUAUCUCCUCCGGACAGCUGCCCGAUGCUGCUAGCUGGUGCAAAGCACAAAACAUGCUCAUAAAUACCCACAAUUACAAAUUGUCAAUGUUAUGGUGAGAAAUUGUUAAACAACAGUUGGACCCGAAUAAAAACUAGAACAAACA